CCCGCGGCCGUCGUCAUCCUCCACCCGGAACUUACCACGGGGGCUGUCAUGCCAGCCCUCAGCCUGCUGCCGCUCUUCGGCAGCCCCGCGGGCCCGGGCGCCUUGGGUGGCUCCUUAGGCGGGGGGCCCUUGGGUGGCCCCGGGGGCAGAAAGGGGCCCGGCCCCAGCGGUGCGUUCCGCCUGACGGAAAAGUUCGUGCUGCUGCUCGUGUUCAGCGCCUUCAUCACGCUUUGCUUCGGGGCCAUCUUCUUCCUGCCGGACUCCCCCAAGCUGCUCAGCGGCGUCUUCUUCCACUCGACCACCCUCCAACAGCCGCCGCCGGUUCCGCCCGCGCAGGGCGAUCCGCACGUCCCGCUGCCGGCGGGCGCGGGCAGUAGCAGCAGUUACGGGGCCGGCGCGGCGGAGGAAGCGGCGGAGAACUUGGCCAAGAUCCGCGAGGAUCACGAGCGCGCUUUGCGAGAGGCGAAAGAGACUCUGCAGAAGCUGCCCGACGAGAUCCGCAGGGACAUCCACCAGGAGAAGGUGAAGCUUCUCCUGCAGGACAAGUUGGGCCGGAGAGAGGCGGGGGGCCCCGGAUUGCCCGACUUGCCUUUCCGCAAACCUAUCGGGGCCAUAGGAGCGGAACCGAGCGAUCCCGCCGUCCAGAAGAAAAGAAAAAAGAUCAAAGAGAUGAUGAAACAUGCCUGGGAUAAUUAUAAACAUUAUGCCUGGGGAUUAAAUGAACUGAAACCCAUAUCGAAACAAGGACACUCAAGCAAUUUAUUUGGUAAUAUUCAAGGAGCAACUAUCGUUGAUGCCUUAGAUACACUGUACAUCAUGGAAAUGAAAGAAGAAUUCAAAGAAGCCAAAGAGUGGGUGGAGAAAAAUCUUGAUUUCAAUGUGAAUGCAGAAAUCUCAGUUUUUGAAGUAAACAUCCGUUUUGUUGGAGGGCUACUUUCAGCGUACUAUCUUUCUGGAGAAGAGAUAUUUCGAAAAAAAGCAGUAGAACUAGGAGAGAAGUUGCUUCCAGCUUUUAAUACCCCCACAGGAAUUCCUUGGGCAUUGUUAAAUAUCAAAAGUGGCAUUGGUCGAAACUGGCCCUGGGCUUCAGGUGGAAGCAGCAUUUUGGCAGAAUUUGGAACACUCCAUUUGGAAUUCAUACACUUAAGCUACUUAUCUGGAAAUCCACUGUUUGCUGAAAAGGUUAUGAACAUUCGAAAAGUAUUAAAUAGGUUGGAUAAACCAGAAGGACUUUAUCCUAAUUAUCUAAAUCCUAACAGUGGUCAAUGGGGUCAGCAUCACGUCUCCGUUGGAGGACUUGGAGAUAGCUUUUAUGAGUAUUUGCUUAAAGCAUGGCUGAUGUCUGAUAAGACAGAUGAAGAAGCCAAGCAAAUGUAUUAUAAUGCUGUUCAGUCCAUAGAAACCCAUCUAAUCAGGAAAUCCAGCAAUGGUUUAAUGUACAUUGCUGAGUGGAAAGGUGGCCUGCUUGAACACAAAAUGGGUCAUCUUACUUGUUUUGCUGGAGGAAUGUUUGUUCUGGGUGCAGAUGGAGCACCAGCUGAUAAAACUGGACAUCACAUUGAACUUGGGGCUGAAAUUGCCCGCACAUGUCAUGAAUCUUAUGAUCGUACAGGCAUGAAAUUGGGGCCAGAAGCUUUUAGAUUUGAUGGUGGAGUUGAGGCGAUUGCUACCAGACAGAAUGAAAAAUACUAUAUCUUACGACCUGAAGUUAUAGAAACCUAUAUGUAUAUGUGGCGAUUCACUCAUGACCCCAAGUACCGUCAGUGGGGUUGGGAAGCUGUAGAGGCACUGGAAAAAUAUUGCAGAGUAGAUGGUGGCUAUUCUGGUCUUAGGGAUGUUUACAGCAACCGUAAAAGCCAUGAUGAUGUGCAACAGAGUUUCUUCCUUUCAGAAACACUCAAGUAUUUAUACUUAUUAUUCUCUGAAGAUGAUAUUCUUCCAUUUGAACAUUGGGUCUUUAAUACGGAGGCGCACCCUUUCCCAGUUAUUAAAAGAGGAAAAGAGAAAAAAGAAAGCAAAUAAAACUAUUUUGAAUUUUGUUUGGGCACAUUAUAUGGCUGUUAAUGUCCUAGCUGUCAUUUUUGAGUUUUAAACCAGGUUUUGUUUCUUGUUUUGUUUGUUUCUUAUUUUGUUUGUUUGUUUUUUGCAGUCUGCUAUCAACCUGGCAAUCUUUAUCAAGGGACCCAAUGUGAUUAAUUUUAAUUAUUAAUAUUUAUGUUUUCCCAGAAAGUAACAUGUCAUCUCUAGAUUUUGUUGACCACAAUGUGCAUUUGAUCAAACAGAAUACAGAAUUCAGCAUGUUACUUACUUUUUACUUUAUGUUUAGACUGCAAAAUUGUUUUCUCCUCUGUGAGGAGAUGUCUGCUUUAAGCUGUAAUACUUUGCUGUGUUGCAAAAAGCCAUAAAGAAUUAAGUAUGAAGAGCUUUUUUCUUUUUUACAUCUGUUCCAGUGGGAUUUGUCUGAUCAGUGGAGACAAAUCUAGCUGUGACAGCCUCUUCUUAUGCGGGUCUAUCAUUAAUUGGUAAUUGGAAUACUUAGAAAGAUGUAAUAUUCAUAUAAACCAGAUAUAGUUUUAUCUGUAUAUACCAUUACAUUGAACUGUGGCUUGUCUUGGAAGCCUGGAUUAUGAAAUCUUUUUCACAUAUAAUUUUAGAACAUAUUUGCAUAUCAAGCCUAACCAUAGAUAACCUUGGUGCCCAUCUUUUUUUUUUUUCUUUUGGUCUCUGAAUUUGUUUCAUAAGCAACCAUGAAAUUGAGUUGACUUCGAGACAUAGCUUUACAGAUCCCCUUUGAGACUACAUAGUUCUCAAAGUCUGUCUUGGUGAACAUGGAGGUUCAGCAGUAUUUUCACCAGAAGGAAAAAUCUGUUUCCUGUAAAACCUUAGUUGUUAUGCAGGAUGAAUUAAUCUAAUUUGUGUUUUGAAAUGUAUCCUAUUUAGAGACUGGUUAGUCUGGUUCUAUAAGUCUGUUAUUGCUAUUUCCAACAUUCCAUUAGCAUUAUCUUCCACUUAAUGAAUAUUGGGCACAAUGAUGUGGAAAGAGGAGGAUAAUAUACCUCAAAGGUACCAUGUUUUAGAAGUUCACAUUGUGGCUCUAAUUCUCUUUUGAAAGAAUUGACCACAGUACUUUAAUGCUUUGCUGCAGGGGGUGGGGGGACCUAAACUGUUCCCUUGUUUAUCAAAGUGAUAAUGUUGACUGAUUUUUUUGAGUUUCAUUAUGAAAUGGUUCUUUUUCCUGUUUACAUUUGGGAUGCUUCUGUAAAUAGAAUAGUUUUAAUUAGUGACAUUAAACAUGACGAGUUGGGGUGAAUUUUAUAUGAUUUGUCAUGUUUAGCAGCCUUCAUGUAAAAAAGCAGAAUUUUGUGGUAAAGAAAGCUGGGGAGGGAUGUACAACAGAAGGGAACUUGUUAUGGUAGCCUUGCUUCUUUAGGUAGCUUUUAAAACUGAAUGUUGGCUAUCUUCUAGUCUUAAAAGAUUCAUUGCAGUCCUAAAAGUUGUAUUUACCAUACAGUGACACAUCAUCCUACACGGACACUCAAAUAGAUUAACACUGUUACUGCAAACAUAUUUAUGCUAUCAAAUUUAACUAUAAAAGUUUUGAGCCAAGUUAAGAUGACUACUUGCAAAAUUGCAUAAACUUACUCCCUGAUCCACAGACAACCUGAUGAUACCUAAUGUGUGUCAGUAUCUGCACUGAUGUGAGGCUUUGUAAAACUUGCUACACCUCAGUAUAACGGUUUUCUCUGCAUUAUGGCUUAGUGCAACUCUACUUGUGAACCUCUUGGAUGAUCAUAUUGUGCUGGGUUCUAGGUUUGGCCAUAACAGUAUCUUAUCUGUGAUCCAGCAAUCUGAAUAGGAGAACCACAAGCAAUAAUUCCCCUUCUUGCCCCCACCCUCCCAAUUUUACCUGAAUCCUUUUCUGUGUCUCUCUGUGCCAGUUUGCAAAUUGAGCUUCACACACCCUCCAAAUCUUAAAAACUAUUCUGAGAAUCAAACAUGGCAGCUGAAGAAUCAGUGAGAAAAGUUAUUAGAGGAAUGAGGACUGACAUUCAUGCAUAUUUGGAACAGGACUGUUACAGCUAGCAAAUUAUUUUUAUACUAAGGUAUUUCUGGGUACAAAUCAUGUCAUUUCUUGAUUACGUGGAAUACUACUAACAUGCAUAUAAUUCUGAAUAUCAGUCAAAUUGAAAAAUGCUUUUCAUUUGUUGAGCUCUUGUGUUUUGUGUUUGCUUCUUUACACACUGAAGUACCUUUACAUUAAGUUUUCCAAAUGCUGAUUUACAAAAAAGCAAAUACUUUUUCUAAUGUGGAACAUUGGGGCAAAUUAAUUUCUGCUUUAUUUCUAGAUUUUAAUGCUUAUAAGUGUGACCUGGAAAAGAACAUGUAAGAAUUAUAUCAUAAAUAACCCAUUUUUACAUAGGCACAGUUGCUUUUCUUGCCAUAAUAUCUGGAAUAAACAAUGAGGUUUCUUUUGGGUUACAGUAAGUAUUACAUUACAGAUAUAACAUAAAAUUAAUUACCAAAUAAAAUUAACCUCUUUUAUUAGCAAAGAAAGAUAGCUUUUGUAGCUGCUCAGCAUGUUAACUAAUAAGACAUAUCUGCAGUGUAUAAUUACAUAGAGUGAGCAAAAUCAACAUAUGUACUGCUGUACAGGGUUUUUUUUAUUAUUAUUCAGACUGAUACAAAUCUUCUGGUAUUGACUGACCAAGAUAUUUUUAAAAUCAAUGCACUUUCUGAAAGCAAGCAGGGCAGCAAUCAUUUGUGUAGCUAAUAAUGUGCAAUAUUAUUGGUUCAGAGCCAUUUUUUUAAAUUUAUGUAGCGGUUUUAAUGUAAAAACACAGUUUAUUUCCAUUUCUUAAUCCUUAUUGUUCCAACUGAAGUGCCAUUUUUACUUUCUUUGGGAGCCACCAUUGACGGUAAAAGUCUGUUAUGGCCUCUAACCUUGAAAUCUUUUUCACAAAACAUACCGUAAGCUAUUAUUCCACCUUAUGAUGCUGCUACUGCCAUGACUUGCCUUGCGACAUCCGACAGAUGAUCAUUAAAUUCUUAGUCCUGUUCAAGGCCCUUUGAAGAACACUUUUUGUUAAACAUUUUAAUUUCCUAAAAACAAACGAAUAAAACUAAAAGCUGAUUACAUGGUAUGACUCUCCAAAUACUUCAUGUUUGUUUUGUCAGUAGUUCUCCAAGACUCCACUGUCUUGUAGGACCAUUAGUAGUCCUUUAUUGUACUAAUCCACUGUUUCUCUAUCUUCCACAUACAUCCUUAACAUAUCAUGAAUAAUUUCCUCAAUGGUAUGUUUAUAUGAAGGUAUUUGGAAUAGCUAAUAAAUUGUCCCCAUUUUUAAGGCUACAGUCCAAGGGUGGGGUUUUGGGGGGCGGGUUUGUUUUGGUUAAUAACUAAGUGUUCCAAGACUGUACAUCAUUGUACUUAAAUAUCCUUCACAGAAAUACUCUAUUAGGCAUCCAGCAGUCCAGUUCCAAUACUCACCAGCUUGCUACCAAAAAUGCGCCAAUUAAAAAAAAAAAAAAUA